GCGUGACAGCGGUCUAUCAUAUUCACUCGUCAACUGUCUUCGCUAAUCAUAAAGUGUUCAGACCUAGUUAUCUGUUCGUGCAGUUUAUAUUGCAACUAAUCAUCGUUUUUACGCAGAGUCCAGUGUAACCAAAGAAAUCAACAAUGUUCUCCAAAGUAGCAGUUUGCUUUGCUUGCUUCGCCGUAUUCGCUGCCCGGGCACAGUACUACCCGGCCGCCGCCGUGGUACCCGCCGCCCCGGUCGCUUACCCCGCUUACCCAGCGGCUGUCUACCACCCGGUCAACCCGAACCCGUCGUACGCGUACAAGUACGGCGUGUCCGACCCGGCCACCGGUGAUUACAAGACAGCCGAAGAGAGCCUGUCCAACGGCGUAGUCCAGGGACAGUACAGCCUGGCCGAACCCGAUGGCACUGUCAGAACCGUGUCGUACACCGCCGAUGAUGUCAACGGUUUCGUGGCCCAGGUCACUAAGGGCGCUAAAGUCGUAGCCCCCGCUGCCCCGGUGUACGCGGCCCCGGCCAAGGUGUACACCGCCCCGGCCCCUGUCUAUGCCGCCCCAGCACCGGUGUACUCCGCCCCGGCGCCCGCAGUUUACGCACCAGCGCCCGCCCCGGUGUACGCUCCAGCCGUUUCGUACCCAUUCCCGUACAAACGUCAAGCGUAAAUAAACGACGAACCGCUUUUGAAAAAUUCGUCAUCGUAAUUUUCAUAUUGCGCAUUUCGCAUCAUCAUCAUCAUCAUUAUUAUUAAUUAUUAUAUUAUCGUCAUCAUAUCACCAUCAUCACCGUCGGAGUGUGCAAUGCUGUUGGUAGGACGACCUGCUCGUGACGCUGCUCCAUCUUCGUAUAUAUAUUGUCUUUUCUGUAUUCGUUUUAUCUUUUUCUGUUUUUAUAAUAUUUAGUUUCCUACUUGUAAUAUUAUUGUAUAAUGUAUUGUUAAUUGUGUUGA